AUCAAAAACAUUUUCUGUCAGUUUCCUGUAUGCCUCCCACGUGAAGUAUUUUCCCUGUCAGUGACGUCUGAAGUAAAAUUUCAAUAAAAAUGGGGUCAGAAAAGUUGGUAUCAGAGAUGACAAGAUCAGAGUUAGAGCAAUACAAACACAGUCCAGAAACAGAGUUAACUGCCUUGGUCUGUCAGGCCUGUGAAAGUGGAGAUUUCAAUUUACUAACAGAUUAUCUCAGGAUAUUAUGGGAUACAGACCCACAAAGAGUAAAUGCCACAGAUAAAGCUGGAAUGACUGCUUUACAUUUUGCUGUUUCUUGUCAGAACAUUACUGCAGUUAAGACACUAAUGACCUACGGUGGGUUAGCAUCAGUUCACAUACAGGAUGCUUUAGGUUUCACACCAUUGUUCUUGGCAACAGGUCGCUAUCCUAGUGUUGAAAUUUCCAAACACUUAAUAGAACAAGGUAAAGCUGACAUUAACCUGAAGACAUUAACAGGAGCUACACCUUUACAUGGAGCAGCCUUACAAGGAAAUAUAGAUUGUAUACGAUUACUUCUUGUGAAACAUGCUGACCCUAGGGUGGAAGAUGAAGAUGGGACAACACCCAUGGAACUGGCAAAAGAUGAUGCAUCUAGAACGUUACUUCAUGAUGCUGUCAUUGAUGCAGAUUCAAAAAGAGAUGCUGUUGAUGCAGUGUGUGCCCAGUGUAAACAGAUACCAAAAGAUGGUUUAAAGAGGUGUGGCCAGUGUCAUGUGACCUUAUACUGCAGUAGAGAUUGUCAGUUGAAACACUGGAAGUUUAGUGGACAUAGGAGCGAUUGCACAGGAUAUGUGAUUGCCAGACCAUUUCAUUAUGGAGAAAAGGCUGGUGAAGGAUUUCAUACAUCCUUCUACAGAGUGAUGGGAUCCACUAAAUCUGAUGUUAAAGUCUAUGUCAGAAAUGCAAAUGAAGCUGCACAAAAAAUGGCAUUUCUUACUAACAAGAGAUUUGUUGUCAAAGUACAGGUUCCAAUAGGUGCAUCUUCAGGGGAAAUGAUGGUCUACAAUGCAGAUCGAAGUGUAGAGGGCUAUGUAUAUCAUACAGAAAAAGGAUAUGAAAAUUUGACUAAAAGAAUACAAACAGAAGGAUUUAUGAGUGUAAAAGCCUUCUUCUGGGCAGAAAUCAUGACAGGUAUUGAUGAAGGCUGUUUUAAAAUAUUUCAUGGAAAGUGUGCUCCCUACCAGCAAUGGUGAAUUAGCUGCAAUGUGUAUUUUUCUAAACAGUUGUAUUAACAUUAGUGCUUUACUUUCUUCACUAUGGAUGUAAUUCUAAGAAGAGUCAACCAUGUAUCUGACAUUUAAGACAUGUAUGCAGUAAACUGAGUUUGAACGAAUAAUAGAGCAGUUUCCAGUGCUUACAAUAAAAAAAAAUGUUUUUUUGUUUUUUAUAUUUACAAUGUACACAUGUGCUGUAUAAAAUGGUAUAUAGAUAUAUAUAUAUAAAUUGAAUUCUGUCUGGGGAAAAAAACCCAUUAACAUACAAGUGUUGAAGGCUUGAAUUCUGUAUUGUUUAGUUUCUGCUCAUACUGAAAAUUUUUACAUUUUCAAGUGAUUCUUUUUCUAGAAAAUGGGGACCAUCUUAGAAUGUUUAGAUGUAUUUUAUUUGUUUGUUUCUGUUAUUUCUUUGCUAAAAAGUUUACAAUAAUCACAUUGUUGAUCUCUAGAUGUCUUGUUGGUUUUUUUUGUAUGAGGCUGUUGUCUCAUAACUGUUUAUCCCACAUACUUAAUUAUUGAUAUAAAAUUUUUGAAUUUGCAUUUAAGAAAUACUCAUUAUUAUUCAUUUAUCAAAAGGUAUCAUUCAUGAAAAUAUUUUUAUUUAAACAGUUAAUUUAUACAAGCAUUACUUGAAAACAACUGAUUCUAAGAUUUUUAAAUUUGUGGAGAUGAAUAACUUGAAUUGUUUACUAUGCUUGUCUUGUUUCCUUGUUUAUCUAAAAAAAAUAUUAACAUUGAAGUUAAUGUAUGUGUAAUAUUUUUUGGGAAUAUUAGUAUACAUUUAUCUUUUCAAUAUAACUUCCAUUAAGAUUCCAUUUAUAGAAAUAUAGUUCAUUGUUGAUAAGAAUGUUAAAAAAACAUAUUUCAUAUAACUUAAAACAGAUCUUUCUUUAGAUAGUUAAGAACUAAACAUGUUAAAUGUGAAUAAGAAAAGGUUUUCCCUGAAACCUGCCCUUGUUUAUAUGAACUAAACAUGUUGAAUGUGAAUAAGAAAAGAUUUUUGCUGAAACUGCCCUUGUUUAUAUGAACUAAACAUGUUUAAAGGGAAUAAGAAAAGAUUUUCACUGAAAUAUCAUUGUUUAUAUGAACUAAACUUUAAAACUAAUCUAAACAUGUUGAAUGUGAAUAAGAAAAGAUUUUCGCUGAAAAUGCCAUUGUUUAUAUGAACUAAACAUGUUGAAUGUGAAUAAGAAAAGAUUUUCACCGAAAAUGCCCUUGUUUAUAUGAACUAAACAUGUUGAAUGUGAAUAAGAAAAGAUUUUCACUGAAAAUGCCCUUGUUUAUAUGAACUAAACAUGUUGAAUGUGAAUAAGAAAAGAUUUUCACUGAAAAUGCCCUUGUUUAUAUGAACUAAACAUGUUGAAUGUGAAUAAGAAAAGAUUUUCACUGAAAAUGCCAUUGUUUAUAUGAACUAAACAUGUUGAAUGUGAAUAAGAAAAGAUUUUCGCUGAAAAUGCCAUUGUUUAUAUAUUAUUUCUUUAAAUGUUCAUAAUUUGAGCUUUCUGUAUAUAAUAGUUGAUAAAUUUUAUCAGCCAUUCAGUAAAUAAGUUUUGCUUGUUGACUUGUGUUAAUCAUUCCAAAAGGGGAAAACAUUCCAAUUAUUUUGUAUUUUGUUUUAUACAAAUGUUGUUUUUGCUAUUAAAGAAAAAACAUUUAA